AUGACAUCCAACUUGGGCGCCGAGUACCUCACCCGGCCCGGCGUCAAGGAGGGCAGAGUCGACACCACCACCCGAGAACUCGUCCUCAACGCCCUGCGCAACUACUUCCUCCCCGAAUUCCUCAACCGGAUCAACUCGGUCGUCAUCUUCAACCGUCUGACGCGCAGGGAGAUUCGCAAGAUUGUCGACAUUCGUCUCGGCGAGAUCCAGAAACGACUGGAGGACAACGGGCGCAAGGUACACAUUGAUGUCUCGGACGAGGCAAAGGACUACCUGGGCAACUCGGGAUACUCGCCCGCCUACGGUGCUCGGCCGCUUUCGCGCCUCAUUGAGAAGGAGGUGCUCAACAGGCUGGCCAUCCUGAUCCUGCGAAACAACGUUCGCGACGGCGAGACGGCGCGGGUCGAGAUGGUGGACGGCAAGAUUGUGGUGCUAGCGAAUCACCCGGACAGCGAGAUGGGCGACGACGAAGACAUGAUGGAGGACGACGAGGAGGAUGCUGUUGAUGAGCUGGUUGGAGAUAACAUGGACGAGGACAUUUAUGAUUAA